UUAGUUGGAUCUUCCCUGUGCUUACACGAAGAGAUCAACUUCAAAGACCAGAAAAAAAUAACAAAAACUCCAGUUUCCCCUUUUCAUUUCUUACUCUUUGUCGACGAGACUAACGCUAAAUCACAGGUUUUGUUGUUGGAACUGAAGUUUUAAGGUGAUGGCGAGGAUCAAACCUCAAGCUCUGCUACAACAAAGCAAAAGAAAGAAAGGGCCAUCUCGAAUAAGUCCUACAACAAUUAUAAUGUCGACUUUGAUUUUUGUUUUGAUUGUGUUUUUUGUCUAUGCCUCCUACAGACAUUGGACUCAAAGGUCAAGAAUGCUUAUAGAGAACAAGCAAUCAGUUAUCGAGGGUGACAACUCUUUCAUGGAUUCCAAGAAAUCUGAUCUCCCAGGAUACGCUAUUUUAGAUACCACUAAAGGCUCUAUAACAGUGGAGCUCUUCAAGGACAGUUCUCCUGAAGUUGUUGAUCAAUUUCUUGAUUUAUGUCAGAGAGGACGCUUCAAUGGAAUGCUUUUUCGCCAUGUGAUAAAGCAUUAUGUGAUUCAGGCUGGCGAUAGUGAUAAGUUGGGAGCUGUAGAGGACUGGACUUUGAAAGGAAAACAAUACAGCCAACUCGAUACAAGUUUGAAGCAUGAAGCAUUCAUGCUUGGAACUUCUAAGGCAAAGCAUGAUGAUAAAGGAUUUGAGCUUUUCAUUACAACUGCACCAAUCCCAGAUCUAAACGAGAAGCUUAUUGUCUUUGGGAAGGUCAUUAAGGGAGAAGACAUUGUUCAGGAAAUUGAAGAGGUGGACACAGAUGAACAUUAUCGACCUAAAUCUUCAAUAGAGAUCCGCAAUGCGACCCUGAAACAAAGCAUCUAAAUCAAACACAAGGAAAUUAUCCGAACAAAGUUUCGUCACACCAUCAUUUAAAUGGUUCAGAAGAAUAUAUGGUGCAUUCUUUAUUUGAGCUUCUAGCAUUUUCCUUUAUUUUCUGUUUCCGAGUCUAUUUUGAUAUGGUAAUGGACACUGUAUUUGUAAUUUAAAAAGUAGAAUAAAGUGGAUGAGAUGUAAUUUACA